AUGUGGUCUCAAGCUUUUGGUAUCCUGGCCGUGGCGCUGCCACUUGGCAGUGCUUUGAACAUCAGCGUCAGUUCCGAUGGCGGCAAUGCUACGAGUGGCCAUCAAUACGGUUUCCUCCACGAGGACAUUAGCAACUCGGGAGACGGUGGACUGUACGCCGAAUUGAUUCGAAACCGCGCCUUCCAGUCCAGCUACCGGUACCCAUCCACACUCGAAGGCUGGUACUCUGUCAACGGCGCCGUCCUCAGCCUGCAAAAUCUGAGUACACCCCUGUCGAGUGCUCUGCAGACCUCGGUCAAUGUUGCCGCUGGCGACGCCGACGGCGCCAUUGGUCUCUACAAUGAUGGGUACUGGGGAAUGGAUGUCAAGCAAAAGACGUACACGGGAUCCUUUUGGGUCAAGGGGUCGUACUCUGGCGAUUUCAACGCUUCCCUCGUCUCCAACAUCACGGGCGAGGUGUUUGGCAGCGUCGCAGUUGCUUCGCAGAGCACACCUGACGAAUGGGUCGAACACACGUUUGAGCUCGUUCCGAGCGUGGAUGCACCAAGCUCGAACAAUUCGUUUGCCAUUACAUUCGAUUCCGCAGGCGCCGAGGACGGAUCUCUGGACUUUAAUCUCAUUAGCCUCUUUCCCCCGACGUACAAGAACCGUGCCAAUGGAGCCAGGGUCGAUCUUGCCGAAGUACUUGAGGCCUUUCACCCGACAUUCUUUCGCGUUCCUGGUGGCAACAUGCUCGAGGGCCUGGUGAACAGCUCGUAUUGGGAUUGGAAGAACUCCAUUGGCCCUCUAAAGGAUCGCCCAGGCUAUGCUGGCGUCUGGGGCUACCAACAGACAAAUGGUCUCGGCCUGCUGGAGUAUCUGGAGCUUGCCGAAGACAUGGGUCUUGAGCUUGUUGUCGCGGUCUGGGCGGGAUUGGCUCUGAAUGGCGACAUUACACCACAGGACGAGCUACAGCCAUUUAUCGACGAUGCGCUGAACCAAAUUGAAUUCAUCACUGGCUCUGCCGAUUCCACCUGGGGUGCAAUUCGCGCCGAGUAUGGCCACCCCGAGCCCUUUACGCUCAAGUACGUCGAGAUCGGAAACGAGGACUGGCUCGCUGGCGCCCCCGAGGGAUGGGAGACGUACCAGGAGUACCGCUUCCCCAUGUUUCUCCAGGCAAUCAACGAUGCCUACCCUGAUAUUCAAGUCAUCUCUUCCGGUUCUGUCCUAGAUGGCUAUGAUAUCCCGGCACCGGCUGACGGCGACUACCACAUUUAUGGAACUCCUGACGACAUGGUCGAUCAGUUUGACCUUUUUGAUAAUAUCACCAUCCCGCACUUGAUCGGUGAGGCUGCGGCGGUCCAUCCCAAUGGCGGAACCGCUUGGGACGGCGGCCUUCUUCAGUAUCCUUGGUGGGGCGGUGCCAUUGGCGAGGCCGCCUCUUUGAUCGGAUACGAGAGAAACUCGGACAGAAUCCUGGGAGCUUUAUAUGCCCCAAUCAUUCGGAGCCUGGACAGGUGGCAGUGGGCUACUACAAUGGUCCAAUUCGCGGCGGACCCAGCCCUGACGACCAAGUCGACGAGCUGGUUUGUCUGGGAGCUCUUCGCCGGCCACAUCUUCACACACACACUUCCAGCCACAUCUGAUUUCAACCCCGCCUACUAUGUUGCGGGUAAGAACGAAGACACCGGGGCGUACAUCUUCAAAGCAACUGUCUACAACUCCACGGAAGGCGCAGACGUGCCUGUCACUCUCAACUUUGAGGGCGUCUCUGCCGGUGCCACCGCCGAGCUCACAGUCCUCACCGGCCCCGAAGACCCCUACGGCUGGAACGACCCAUUUACUGGCGUGAAUGUGGUCACGACGACCAAGACGACGCUUACCGCCGAUGACGCUGGUGCUUUUGAGUUCUCCCUGCCCAACCUCAGCGUUGCGGUUCUGGACACGGGCGCCGUGAGUAAUUACACAACGCGCUCCAUGAAGUAUGGAAAGCGAUACUAA